UUUCAAUGCUUGAAGCUACGAAUUGAGCAGAUACGAUCGUGAAGCCAAUUCAUUCACUCGUAUCCCACCAAAACAUCAGAUACUAUACGAACAAUUAAAUCCGACAAUCAAACAUAAGACCAAACCAAACCAAACACCCGAACGGAUUGGGGAAUCACCGCCAAAAUGGUGCGCAUAAAGCCCUUCCUGCGCCCACAACAACUGCGCACCGCCUUCACCCCCCUAAACCGACUCUCCCCCUUCCAAACCCUCCAACAACAACAAACCCGCCUCUCCUCAACGCACCCCCCUCACCCCCCCGCAAUCCCCCCCCCAACGCCCUUCGUCCCAGACGUAACAACCUUCCUACGAGUAAUCGGGCGGGGGCUGCUAACCCACGCCUCGAAAUUCCCGACCUGGGACGCCCUCUUCAGCCUCACCUCAGACCAACUGCGGGAGCUCGGCGUCGAGCCACCACGCACACGGCGCUACCUGCUGCAAUGGCGGCAGCGGUUCCGGCGGGGACAAUACGGGAUCGGCGGGGACCUGCAGCACGUCACCGACGGACAAGCCACGCUCGCCGUAUACGAAGCACCGGCAACAGACAAAGCGAGCGCGGUGGAGCCGCGGAAAUACGUGGUGAAUGUUCCGGCGGGACGAGCGGGGGUGCGGGAGUGUGCGAUGGACGAGAUAUCGCGGGUGCGGGGGUACAAAGUGCAGGGCGCGAAGACGAUUGUGGGGCCGUACGCGCUGCCGCUUCAGGGCGGGGAGGGGGCGCGUGUUACUGUGACGGAGGGGAUGUGGGAGGAUCGCCGAGGUCAUAAGAUCGAUGGUGGUGAGCGCAGGAGAACCCAGAUCCGGUAUAAGAAGCGCAUUGCGGAGCGUCGUGAGAUGAGGGAGAGGGGUGAGUUGUAGAUGCGUGGUGGUUGAUGUCUACAACUUAUUUACCUACCCAGGUAGCCUUCGGUGAUCUACGUAUAAAGCCCUAGGCGUAUGUAGAUAUGGGUUACUGUACCUUAUGUACCAUAAACACGAUCACAAUAAGUUCUGCAGACGUUGACUAGGUAUUGAUCAAGAGCAACUUUUGUAUU